AUGAACCCUACAGUAGAAAAAAAGGUCGUCGACAUGCCUACGGAGAAGAACCAGACAUCGCUCGAUACAGUCCCUCUAGAUACCGGUCCCGUGGAUACCAAGGGUCGCUGGGAACGCAGUUGGCCCACCAUUGCUUGUGGCGCGGGUCUCUUCUCCGAUGGAUAUCUCAAUGGAGUAAUCGGGCCGGUCAACACCAUCCUUGGACGGAUCUACCCAGACACUUAUGAAAAGUCCCCCGCCAGUCAGAACGUCGCGGCCAUUACGUUCGCAGGCACAGUGCUCGGUCAGCUUGUCUUCGGAUAUCUCAGUGACCACUGGUCGCGAAAAUGGUCCCUGAUGGUCUCGACGGUUAUUCUGAUCAUCUUCGGCGCCUUGUGCGCAGGCUCCUAUGGUCUGAAUGGCAGCACGUAUGGCUUGUUUGCGGCCUUAACGGCUUAUCGUUUCUUCCUUGGAAUUGGUAUUGGUGGCGAAUACCCUGCGGGAUCCGUUGCGGCAGCCGAGAAUACCAAUGAGAUGAAGGCCGGCCAUCGGAACCGGUGGUUUGUCAUGUUCAGCAAUUUCCAGAUCGAUUUUGCCUACGUUGUUUCUGCCUUGGUGGCCAUGAUUUUGGUGCUAAUUUUCACCGAAAAUCACCUGCGUGCCGUGUGGCGGGUAGCCUUAGGGCUGGGGGUGAUCCCUCCGCUAAGCCUGCUUUAUCUGCGACUGAAGUUGAGCGAGCCAGAGCAGUUUGAUAAAGAACGCAUGCAUAAGUUUCCAACCUGGUUGAUUAUCAAAUUCUAUUGGAAACGUUUGACUGUGGUAUCGUUGAUCUGGUUUAUCUACGACUUCUCCGCGUACUCCUUCAACAUCUAUUCUUCGAAGUGGCUCUCGAUUAUUCUGGGCGAUAGCGCACCCCUGUGGAAAUCGUUUGGCUGGGCCACAGUCACCAACUCUUUCUAUAUUCCGGGCUCCUUUCUGGGAGCUUUGUCUAGUGACUGGAUUGGUCCCCGCAACACGUUAGCCCUUGGAGUGGGCCUCCAAGGGAUCAUUGGAUUCAUCAUGUCUGGUUGCUAUGAAUAUCUCGCGACACCGAAAAAUGUCGCUGCAUUUGUCGUGGUGUUUGGUAUCUUUUCAGCCCUCGGUGAGUUUGGACCAGGUGAUAACAUUGGACUGUGCGCUGCAAAGACCAGUGCAACGGCUAUUCGAGGACAGUAUUAUGCUAUCGCCGCUGCCGCUGGCAAGAUCGGUGCAUUUGUUGGCACCUACGUGAUUCCCAUUGUACAGAAGAACGCCCCCAAUGAGAUUCGCGCCGGUCAGGAUCCAUUUUUCGUCUCCAGCUCGCUGUGCAUCUUCAGUGCUAUACUAGCUUACUUUUGCCUGCCCCGAAUUUCUCAGGAAACCAUCUCGGAAGAGGAUACGAAAUUCCGCGAGUACCUCGAGGCGAAUGGAUACGACACCACCACAUUGGGCAACCGUGAACAGUCGUAG